GGUCCCUUCCAACCCAGGAUUCUAUGAUUCUAUGAUUAUGGAUGUGGGCAUUAGUAUUUAUUGUUCAAGUGAUCAGGUGUCCGCAUAAAUACGUGUCCCCUGUUAUCUGAACAUAAUUAUGUGCUGUCACACAUCCAGAAUUACUACCUAGUUUGUAAUCAGAUAUACCUGGGGCUCCAGUGAUCUAAUCUGGUCUCUGUGUGUCCCUUGUGUAAAGCACCUGGGUCAUACAACAGGCAGCGUACAGUUGUGGCAGGGGAAGAGCAGUGGGGACCUUGAGGAAAGAGCUUGGCAGGAAGCAGCUCCAGUUAAGUUAUUCAUAUGGACCAUCUGGAGUUAGAUCACUAGACGUUGUUGUUUUGUUCAGACUGGACAAAACACUGUCUGCUUGAGUUAUUAAUGCAAAUAGAGGCAAAACCCUCUUUCAUUCAUCUAAGUGUCAGAAGAGUUGUAGUUGCCAAAUCCUUUUGUCUCUUAAGAGUCAGAUUAUGAUUCCCUUAAUGCUGAGUAGGAUUUUCCCAUUUAAAGUAGUUCUAUUCAUAUCAAUGCAAUAGAUAGUCAUAUAAAUAUCUACACAAUUAGAGAAUGAUAUUAUCCAAAGUUGGCAAAGAGAACGAGUAUUAAAAAAUAAUCUUACACACUUUCUCAAUAGGUGGUCUUCUGGGUAUAAGAAAUGAGCCCUAUUCCUCCAAUCUGACUAGUAGCAGAAAAAUCAAAAUCCUGUGCAGAAUCCCUGUUAGGUCAAUUUAAGGAAUGAGGAAAAGAUGACACCAAGUUGUUUCUGUUCUUUUUUUUGAAAUACACUUGUUUUUGUUUUUUUUUUUUUUUUAAAUUAGCAAUAAUCUCCCUAAAAGCUAUAUUUAAGCAUCAGUUGUAUAUCUGGAAUAUGCUGUGCUAUGUGUAGGAGAAAAAGCCUUUUAACAGACUUUUUUAGAGGAGUAAAGGUUGGGUUUUCCUGUAAUUUACAAUGGAGCAAUGUGAAUGAUGCAUGUUUAUUACAAUCUGAGAGACGUUGUCCUAUAAGGCAUAAAAUCUUGUUUCUGUUCUUUCUUCAGCUAUUAUUGUAUACAGGUUGCCCUGGACCUGGAAGUGCAGCAAACUCCUAAUGAAGUUCAUACAUGCUGGAUUAAAUACCAUAGCAAUGAUUCUUGCAAUUGUUUCUAUGGUAGCCGUGUUUGAAUACCACAAUGCCAGCAACAUUCCUAACAUGUACAGUUUGCACAGCUGGAUUGGGCUGACUGCUGUUAUAUUUUAUUCUCUCCAGCUUUUCUUGGGUUUCGCUGUCUUUCUACUCCCUUUUGCUCCAGUUCCUCUCCGAGCAGCUCUCAUGCCAAUACAUGUUUAUUCGGGUCUUACCAUCUUUGCAACAGUGAUUGCAACAGCUCUCAUGGGAAUCACAGAAAAGCUUAUAUUUUCAUUGAAAAAUGGUGCAUAUAGUGCAUCCCCGCCAGAGGCAACUUUUGUCAACUGUCUUGGUCUUUUGCUUGUCAUAUUUGGUGGACUUAUUUUGUGGAUGGCAAGCAGGCCCCAUUGGAAGCGCCCCCCAGAAGAGAAUGCUAAAGCUCUGCGGCCCACUGGAGGGAAUCCUGAAGGCACAGAGGCAGAAUCCACAAUGACAGAUGGUAGUAAUGCAGAUAAAUCUGACCUGAGGAUCAGUAGUGAAGCAGCCAGAAAACAAAACCUCAAACUUGAUGAAGCAGGCCAACGAUCAACUAUGUAAAGAAAAUACACAGAAUACUGCCAACCUCCCCUGGCUCCUUCCAAUUCAGUUAUACUGAUAUAUUAAUAGGUUGGGGUCAUAUUUUCAGUAUGGCUUGCUCAAAGAUACUCAAGUUUUCUGCAUAUGAAUUUAAAUUCCAGUAAGUCCCAAACAUGUUAUAUUGAUACAUGCUCAGUCCUCAUUUAAAAAAUGAGAGUGUGAAUGACAUCACAUAGUAGGAAAAUCACGUAAUUGGAAAAUGUUCUCCAUAUCACUUCUUAAUUUAAUGCUUAUAUCUCUUACAGUAAUGAAAAAUUAACAAGAUUCAGACUAAAUUUUGCUCUGAGUGAUUUUGCAGGUUAUGAAUCAGAGCCAUGAAGUAUACCACAGCAGAAUUUAGUUGGUCACACAAUUUUUCUGGUAGUGUUUGCUUUUUUAUAGUCCUGAUUAACCCCCUCACUAGCUGCUAAGAUCUAUGGGAUUUGAGGUCAUUCAGCACUUUGCAGAGUUGCACCAUAAAAAUGUUUAGUCUAAAAUUUUGACUUCAAAAAAAGAAAUGAAAGUUUGCCUGAGAUCUUUAUUAAAUGUUAUGUUUCCUUUGCAAACUUUUUUUUUUUUUUUUUUUAAUCAGAAUGUAUCUGUUGACUUUUUAACCAACUCUACCAAAUAUAUUGUAUGCAGACAACAUUUGGCUUUGGAUUAUGUGUGAUCAUUACUGAAAUCUAAGGAAAUUGUAAGACAUCUAAAUGCAGAAUUUAUUUGGCUUAUUUGGAAGGCUAUAGAUACACACUUAGAAAAAUAAAUGUAAUUUAAACCAAGUCUUCUCUUUAUCCCAGAAGGCUGUAUUUUACUAUCAUUAUUUGAUUGCACAGUUCUAUUGAUUUAUGGCACUAAACUAGGAAUUAGGCAGUUAGAAACCAGAGAAGACUGCUAGCAGUCUCACAGAAGAAAGGAGCUUGAAGUGAGAAAUGUUUCCUCCAAGAAACAUCUGAGCUUUAAUGAUUUGGUUAAAACACUACCUGUUAAUUGAAAGCCAGUCUUGGUAUCUCCACACUGGUGUCAGAAUCAUUAUCAUCACAGGCAUGAAGACAUACUUUAGUCUAUGAGCAAACUAUAUAAACUCUAUGACUUUUUAAGUUGAAAUUAAAGUGUUAAUGCAGUUUGAGUCUCUACUGGCACUUUACUUUUAUAGCUUUUUCUAGUAAUCGGAGUAUUAAUGUAUUAUUCUCAUUCCUUAUUUUCACAGAUAUAAACAAUACUUACAUUUUUUACUCCUACAGAAGAAUAAUUAUAGUAGAUUAUUUUGAUUGCACAUGUCCAAGAUGAUGAGCCUUUCUAGUAUAAUCUCUUGUAAAAGCUCAGAGCCCAGUACAAGUCUGAAUUUACCACUGUUUGUAUUGCAACAUAGACAGUUUCAGACAGCAUAUAAUUUCCUAUUUUUAAAGACUACAUACAUUUUUAUCUACUUCAGCUUCUUAAAAUGUUUAAAGACAUUAAACUUUAGCAAAUAUGCAAUUUUUGUAGUUCAGUGUUGCAUUAGUACAAAUAAUUUUGGUCAUGAGUUAUUUUGGGUCUUCUGUGACAAGCACCUGUUAUUUGAUUUGUAAUAAUAUUUAAUUAUUUGGUGAAUGCAAUAUAGAAAGAUAGCAUAGAAAAUUAUUUGAAAACUUUUCUGCUGUACCAUUUGGUACUGAAGGACUACAUCCGAGAGUUCUAUAUUUUCACUUACAUAUGUUUAUGGAUGACCGGGACCUGCCUAGCACUGCUUUUAAAUGCCUUAGUGUAGAAUUCAGGUAUGACAGAAGGAAUACUGUCCUACUAUGUGAUCGCUCCUCCAGUCCCACUAUGUGCAAUGGAUUGGUCAGCUUUUUCCCUGUUUUUCAAGUUCCAGACAAUUAUCUUUCUUCUCUACAAAUGUAUAUAUUGAACAUUACGUAGGAAGAGGGAUUCGCAGUAGCUUCUGGAGAACACUAAAAUGUGCUGUCUUCUGAUCUCAUUAUGUUCUGCUCAACAAGCCUGCUUUUUUGGUGAAAUCAGUAAGCAUCUUAUAGCUGGUAGAUACAUGUUUAGUCUUUGUCUUUGAUGCUCUGUUAACACUUCUGAAGUAUAACAGGUGAAGUGAAUAAAUGAACUCAACUCUAGUAAUUUACUAUGCUAGCUUCUGCACUACUGCACUCACACAGGCAAUAGCAUUUUAAGCUGAUAUGCAUUGGCCUGUUCCUGUGUCUCAUCCACCUGUGAAAAUGAGCUCAUUCAAUCCUUGCAUAGUACUAAGUCAUCUAAUAAAAGCGUGUGCUUGUGUGGAAGGUAGUCACUUGUCUAAGGAUUGUUCUGGAAGAAACUCUUAACUGUACAGUAUAUUGGGAAAAAAAUCACAAAAUCUGUGAUUUCUUUUGUUGCAACACUGACUUGGAGGUAUUGAAAUCAACAGCUUUUAGGUGAAUGGUUCUAUAUGCUGUUAAAGUUAAGCUAUAGUAACCAGUAUGCCUUCUGUUUUCCAUUUUAUUCCAUGUACUUUUCAAGAGUAAUGAUACUUGAAAAAGAAUGGUGGCAUUUCUUUACUCCUCUAUUCUGAUGAUACAAAACUAAUUGAAAAUGAAGGAUUAGCAACCUUUUGAGGGCAGUCUGCCAGACUAUAUUUUUGGUUUUCAACUUCGAGGUUAAACGUGAUAGUAGAAACUCAGUGCAAGCUGGAAGAUUCCAUUCUGGGAAAUUACCAUAAUCAGCAAUAUCUCAUCUGUAUGGACUGUGGGCUUCUGGAUGCUUUGGUCUUUGGAAGGUCCCCAUGAGAUGCAGUACCUGUGACCUCCUAAACCUUGCUCAACCUUGGUGUGUGCAAUUUAAAACAGACUCAACGUGUUAUAGACUUUUUGGCUUCUGUUCUAAACUGAUUAAAAAGGUCUUUAAGUAUCCUUGCAACAUAGGAGGUUAGUUCAAGUGUUGAAUAAAAAUACAUAGGAUUUUGAAGAGUAAUUUUCUUGGGGAAAAAAACAUGUUCCUAAAGCUGCUUCUUAAAGUGGCCUUUUAUUAACUUUCCUUCCAUGCAACUUUUCUUACCUGUAUUUAUGUGUAAUAGUAGCAACAAGGGAAAUAAAAGGGUAUAUUUUCAAAGAUAUAAAUGGAAGGUAGAAUGCUAGCUUAUUUAUCAGGAUUUUUCUGCUUAUUUGGAAAUCUUCUACAUUGUUGUUUUCACAGGGACAUGAUUGUAGAGCUUACAUUCCAAAUUUGGAUUCCUAAAAAAAAGAUAGGAAGUUACAAAACCUAACAGUAAAGGUGCUAUUUUUAAAAGAUGCCUGGAAAAAAAAAAGAUUUUUUUAAUGUAUUUACAUGCUGUCAUGCAGUAUUGCACACAGAAGCAGAACAGUGUUUUUUCCAACAUUAAUGAAACUGAGAAAUGCAAAUUAGAUUUUAAAAUCCAAUGUACAGUAAUUACAUGUACACUUCUUACUACAUGUAACCAGGAAGAUUGCAUAUGAUAUUGUAAAUAUGGAUUACUUGUUUACAUGAAUAUUUUAUUGAGAGACUAAAAGAUACUGCCAAAUAUUUUCUAUUUCAGAAGACUCUUUUGCUUCUAUUUCAGAAAAUUCCUUCCUCUGUUUCUA